GCACCCUUUUUCUCAUUCUAGGGUUCCAAACUAGGACUUCAAUCAGACCCAUCUCUGAAUUUCCCCCGUACCAUCCCCGACCCAAUUCUAGUAGUUGCAGGUGCUGAGCCAUUUGCAGUGAGAUGAUAUGGAACAAAUGAUUGAUUGGUAGGUGGAUGAUUUGUAACACAUUUCUGGUGCAAGAUUGGGAGGAAUGAUGCUCAACAGUCUAAGAUGAUGCGAACUGUAAAGCUAUGAUCGAGUGCUCCCAUUUUCAAACCAUAGUGACUGGUUCCAUGAAGACUGGAAAGCUGAUGCGUGAUAGCAUUCAGACUGCAUUGAGUUGUGAUGAUAUCCUGUGUGAUAUCCUCCUCCGACUUCCACCAGAUACUAUAUCCAAGUUAAUUAUUGUAUCAAAGAGGUGGCUUCACUUGAUUUGCAGCCAUUCUUUUCGUCACAGUUACAUGGGCCAAUGGAAAGUGGGUUCUUAUCUAGUGGGUUUUUUUGUGUGCAAUUCCUUGUACCUUGGUAGACCUCAAGGUGGCAUUCGCCGUCCCCGCUCAGAACCUGCUCUUCCCGUACUGUCUACCACUAGAGAGGGUGAUGAUCUGAAGUUUUCUGGGAUCCUCAAACGUUUUGGUUACUUUAUUGACUCUUGCAAUGGUAUUCUUCUCUGUGGUCGCCAUCCAAAAACCUAUUUUGUUUGGGAUCCUGUUACCAAGCAAGAACAUAAACUACCACGCCCUCGGGUGUACUUUGAGGAGUUGUGCAUGGCAUUCAUUGUUGAAAACUGUCCUGAUGAUAAUCUCUGCUACAAGGUGAUUCGUGCUAAAUGUGAAUGUAGGCUUGAAGAAGUCAGCCGUGUUACCAUCGAAACUUACUCAUCAAAGAACACUACAUGGUGCUAUUCAACACUAACUUGUUCUUCACCUUUAUCAUUGUGUCCUUGGACUGUGGCCACUGUGAUUGGAGGUGUCAUUCACUGGUAUGCAUCACGGGGAAAUAUAGCUAUUUUUGACCCAGAUCAUGAAGAGAAGCGUAUUGGUUUGAUGAAACUCCCUGGACCAUUUGAUUUUGAUGAGCAAGUUCUUGGGGAAUCUUCAGAUGGUUGUCUGCAGUAUGGUUGGAGCAGCAAUUCAGGCCUGCAGAUCUGGGUUCUUGAAAAGGAGCAAGAUGGUUACAUAUCCAUUUUCUCAACCAAUAAAGAAACCAACAUUAGGUGGAACUUGAGAUACAAGUUGAAUUUCAAAAUAAUGUGGAAGCGGAACCCAACAGUUACAAAUACAUUUAGCACGCGUUCAAAAGAAAAUGGAAUAUUGUCAUUUCUACCUUGUAAUUCCAAAUCUGUUUUCAUUAGAUCUGGAUCAAACAUUUUUCGCUAUGACUUUGAGAAUGAAAAAGUGGAAGCUGUUCAGUAUGAAGGGAAAGGGUCUUCUAUCUUAUGGGAUUUUUCCAAAGUAGUACCUUAUUUCAAACCAUCUUGGCCACAGUCUAGCCUGUGUCAUGCCGAAAAGAGCAUCAACGAACUGUGAGUUUUCUGAUGCUUUGGAGGAGAUGGGUGAGUUUUCCGAUGCUUUGCAUGAAAGGGGUUGUAUUGUAUUAUAACUGUUCAGUCUACAUGCCUAGGUGUUUAGAUGGUUUCAUAGGUGGAGUGCAUCUUUCUGUAAUAUCUUAAUCUGUCUACGCUGCUGUAGAUAGAUUCAUCAUUCGUUUUGCAGCUGGUUUUCCAUAAUGGCAUUUGCCCUAAUGUAGUUGCAAAACCAAUCUAUAAGAUAAGUAUUCUGUUGAAUCUU